UGAUCUGUCUUCACCCCACAUUGUCUGGAACUGUAAUAGUGGAAUUGUUGCCUUCCUAAAACCCUCCAUUUUCCACAGGCUCAUCCUGUCAUUACUCUGCUUGAUUAUGCCAUUUUUGUCUAAUUAUUAUACUCCUCUUAUUGUCAUUACAUUAACAUUUAUAAAGAUUUUUCCCUUUUUCUUUUAAAAAUUUCUGUUAGUUCUUACAAUAUUUGAAGCCCUGAGCAGUCCAAAAUAGGAACCAAAUAGCAGCAAUCAAUUGGGGUUUAUGCAUUUUCCUUUCAUGGAAUUUCCUUAUCCCUCUAAAAUGGAAAGCAAAAUCAAUUGAUAGCUAUAUCUCUUCAAUGUAACCCCCAUCAUCUACACUCACAUUUCCCUUUUCUCAACAAUCACUUGCUUAUUUUUAUGCACUCAUUCAGUGAAAAAUAAACUUGGGAAAUGUUGUUUGGAAAAUUCAUGUGAAUGUCCAGAAAAGUACAAAUGCGGAGGAUCUUGAGAGAAGGACACAGGAGGAGCCCUCGAAUAUCUGCUUUAGAUGCGAGGAAGGCUCAGCCAUCGAGGUCUCCUGUUGCUCGAACUAGGUGUAGUACCAUUACUGUUACUAGUACUAGCACUAGUUUACACGUAGAGCGUGAGCAAAAGAAACGCCGUUGUUGGGGUAAUGGUGAGGGGCCAUCCUCCUGGACCAAGGCCACGAAGAAGAGGAAGCUCAGACCUCUUCAAGAUGUGGCUGCUUCUCCUCCAAGUGCCCAACAGGAUCACAAGUCCAGUGAUGAACAGAAUGGGGGACAAACAAGUCAUGAAGAUCUUCUAAGAAAUAAUGAUCAACUCAUUUUGCAAUGUAAAGGUAGCAUAAAAAAUGGAGGUCAAGUUACCAAGCCAGCUUCACUUAUAUCAGGUCAAUCACUUUCUGCGCCGUUUGUGUUGCGGAUGCCAAAAAAACGCAUACUUGAGCUUAUUCUUGACAUAUUACAGAGGAGAGAUACUUAUGAAAUAUUUGCAGAACCAGUUGACCCAAAUGAGGUAGAGGAUUACUAUGAAAUCAUCAAAGAGCCUAUGGAUUUUGGGACUAUGAGAGCUAAACUUCAUGAAGGAAUGUAUAAUAGUCUUGAACAAUUUGAGCAUGAUGUGUUUCUAAUACCCAGAAAUGCAAUGCAUUUUAACUCCUCAGGUACAAUUUUUUUCAGACAGGCUCGUGCCAUUGAUGAACUAGCUAAGAAGGUUUUUCAUGUUCUUAAAACUGAUCCUGAGAAUUUUGAAUUGGAAUUUUCGGGGACGAGACGACGAGCAAGUAGAAGACCCAAAAGUGAGGCUAAGAGUUCAACUUAUAGCUCAGCUUCUCAACUUGCUGCAAAUUCAAGAUCCAAUAGUGUCGCACUCAGUGUGUCAGGAAAACAUAUGUUCAGUUCAGCAAACAGUACAUUGAAUUUAAGAACAGCAGUGCAAGUAAUCCCUUUGUGCUCUGCCGGUGGUAUUACUGCUCAAUCAGACACAAGAGGUGUUGAAGUGCCUUUUGGGUUUGGAGUUGGUAGACGAUCUAGUUCUUCAGAAGCAGAUAGGCGUUCUACAUAUAAACCUUGGUUGUCCAUCCAUAAUGAGAAUGAUUCAAUUAUUUCAACAAUUUACAGUAAUUCCAAAAUGCUAAUGCAUGUGAACCAGCAGGAUAUUGGUUAUCAGAAAAGCUUAAUGUUGUUUGUUAAAGAUUUAGGGCCAACAGCCCAAAUGAUUGCCCAACGCAAGUUAAGUGGAUGGUCAACUGAAGCUAACAAUUAUCCAUAUUCAGCUUCAAAUUGGCCUCAGGCUCCAAACUGCAAGAAUUAUGUGACGACCAGCUUUGACAAGUGUGAUGCUGAUAAAGGGGAGAGUGCUUAUUCUUGUGACAAAAUAGGAACCAGUGGCGCGUCAAUGGAAGUGGCCUCACAGGGUAAUGGUUGGAUUGCCUUUGGGGCCAUUAGACUAGAAGCUUUGAGCAGCAAUGAUACAAACGUUGUAGGUAUUUCUAAGGAUGACAAUUUUCAACAAAAUCAGAAUGGUAGGAUUCAAAUGGGUUUGCAUUCAUCCAUCAUUGAUGCAAGAGAUCUGAAUUUUUCUGAUACUGGGUUAAACAACAAAGACUUGAAGUCAACAAAACUGAAACUGGAGAAAAGCAAGAUGCAUAAUAAAUCGCCAUUGUUGGGUUCAGCUUUCAAGGAUCCUCAGUCAAAUGUCCUGGAAUGCAGGUUAAGUGAUAGUUACAGGUUUUCAUCAUCUUCCUGGCCCUUAAACAUGGGCUCACGUACAUCAGGUUUUGGUCAAACUCUAAGCUUCAUGAAUAAUACUACUCCACAAUAUAUGAUAGGUAAUGGUCAACCUGUAGUAGCUCAAGGUGCAAUUCAUGAACUUGGUAGUUCAACUGAGACACACUGGACAUUGAAAUCAAACCAGAACUCAACACCAGUUUCUCAGUUCACUUUUGAUCUACCAUUCUUGAGGACACGACUUGAUCAGAUGAAUCCCUUGGGACAGAAGAGAUAUCUGCAAGAGAGCUCAGGUGGCCAAGGAGCUUUCCUGAAUAGAAUGAGCGAGACUUACCACGAUAACCCCCCACAUUCGUCAUUAGAUACUCAGCUUAACAGCUUGGCUCUUCAGCUGUAAGAAACGAAUAUGACAUGAUACAUACUCAUCCUCAAAAAACAUGUAAAUAUAUUGCCAUUCUAUUGCAUCAUGAAAAGCUUCUUGUGGUUUUGAA